UAAAACACUCCUAUCAAUUAACACAUGUAAAAUAAUUGAUAUGAUUAUAGCAUGUGCUUCAGUAAAGAUUUGGGAAAAUGACGAUCUACCAAAUCAAAUAUGUAACGCUUGUUUUCUACAAUUGCAAAAUACAAUCAAUUUCAAACAAUUAUGUGAAAUUUCAGACAAAGCAUUUCGUCAAAUUAUUCGGAAAAAUAAAUGUGAUGAUUUAUCAAGUAAUCAAAAUUAUUUAAAGAACGUAAAAGAUGAGCAAUUCGAUGAUUACGCUGAUGAUCAUUCUUUAAUAGACAUCAAAGAAGAGGAUAAAGCUGAAAAUGUUAUAAAUGAAGAUACUACGGAUUUGAAUGGAUUAGAAAUUCCAACUAAAUUCGAAGAAGAAAAUGAUAUCUUUGAAGAUAUUAAAGAUAAACAUGACGUAGAAACGUUUAAUUGUGAGAAGUGUAGUAAAGAAUUUAAAAAAGCAUGGGUUUUGGGAGUACAUAUGCAUCAAAAACAUAAAGCCAAAGCAUUAAAAUGUAAUAAAUGUGAAGUAAAAUGUUAUCAUCCAUUACAUUUAAAGGAACACCAAGAAUUAGCGCACAAUCCAUCGAAUCUAACUUGCACUAAAUGUAAAAAAGUAUGUUCAAAUAUUUACAAAUUUAAAUACCAUAAAUGUAGACAACGAUCAUAUAAUUUAUCACAAUGUCUACGAUGUAACAAAUCAUUUAAAGAUAAACGAGAAUUAAAAUGUCACAAUAAAGAAGUACACAAACUUGAAGAAAUGAAUGUAGCAUGUCAUAUUUGUGGUAAAUCCGUGGUAAAACAUUAUUUAAAAGGGCAUUUGUCAACGCAUGAAGAACGUGAUAAACUUACAUGUGACAUGUGUUCAAAAACAUUCAUGAAUCAUACAACAUUAACAAAUCAUAUUAAAUCCGUACAUAAUCAAACCCGCGAACGUAAUCAUUUAUGUAAUAUUUGUGGAUAUGCAUUACUUUCAGCGGCUGAUUUACAAAAACAUUUAAGUAUUCAUUCAAACGAACGACCGUAUUCGUGUGAUCGUUGUAAUAAAACAUUUCGACGUGAAGAUCAUUUAAGAGAUCAUAUCAAAACGGUGCAUUUAAAUCAACGAAAAUUUCAGUGUAAAUAUUGUCCACAAGCGUUUAGUCGUAAAAAAACUUUAGUGCAUCAUGAACGACGACAUACCGGCGAAAAACCACAUAAAUGUGAAGUGUGCGAUAAAAGAUUUAUACAGAUAACUGCAUUAAAAAUUCAUUCAAAAACACACACUAAUUCAAAAGAGAAUCCUACUUUUAGAAAUAUAGAUGGGAUAUGUAAUGGGGAGUCAUAUUCAGGGGUGGCUGUAACAAGUUUAAAGGAUGGUGCGAGAUUUCAUUUUGGCACCCCAUUCUCAAAUAUAUAAAGACUAAUUCCUAAUAAGGAUGUACGAGGAAACUGAAUAUAAUAUACAUUUUAAAUUUUGAAAAUAAUAAUAAUAAAUUCAUGAAAUUUAUAUAAACAUGGAAAAUAAUUUGUGAUUUCAACGCCUAUUAAAACGAUAUAUGGUGUUAGAGUUCCACUUGCACCACCCUAGAAGAACGGCUGCUGAUCAUAUAUGAUCUAAAUCAACAACAACAACAAUAGGCGCUACAACCCGACGUGGGCCUUGGCCUCCUCCACAAUGCGCCCCCAGACGUUGCGGUCCUGGGUCUUGGUUCCCCAUCCAGUGACUCGCAUUGUCCUCAAAUCACCCAGCACCUGGUCCAUCCAUCUGAGCCUUGGUCUUCCUCUCUUCCUGGUAGCAUAGAUCUUGGCGUUAAGUAUCUUCUUCGGCAUCCUGGCGUCUUCCAUUCUCUGGACGUGCCCAAACCAACGGAGUCUUUGGGAUUUGAUGAACUUAACAAUAUCUUCACCGUCCAGGAUUUCCAAUAUCUCGCUGUUGUUCCGGAUAUGCCAUUCUGUCUCAUUGAUUUGUACCGCUCCACGAUUCUUCUGAUUAUUUUCCGUUCGAACCUUCUUAUCGUCUCCUGAUCUACCGUGAGUGUCCAGUUUUCACUCACAUAGGUUAUUACUGGUCGAACCAAAGUCUUGUAUAUUUUCAACUUUGUCCUUCUUAUAAUCAGCUUGCUUUUCAAGAGCUUCACAUUUGCAAAAUAUGCUCGAUUGCCUCUCUGGAGUCUUUCUUUAUCGCUGUGCUAGUUUUUCCUUCGUUAUUUACCUGCUCUCCGAGAUAGGUGAAUGAAGAGACUCCUUUAAAUAUCACAUUUUCAAUCUGAAGGUCUUGGACUUUCCUCCGAUCGGGUGAGGCUAACAUAUACAUGUAAACAGUUUUCUUUUCGUUGACACUCAGUCCUAGCUCUUUACCGUUCUUUUCUAUUUCCUUGAACACGUUAAUCGGACGGUCCUUAGUUCUUGCUAUUAUAGCAAUAUCGUCCGCAUAUGCGAAUAUUUGGGUAGUCUUGUUGAAGAUGAUUCCUCUCUGGUCAAUGGGUUCUAAAAUCUAAAUCAGGGAUGGUAAAUAUUUAUACCAGGUGUCAUAUUUAAAAAAAAUCCAAAUAAAAAUUUCUUCAUCGAAGGGUUAUUAGAAAAAAAUCUUUCUUUUGGGGGUCAAUACCCCUCCCAUCAAGAAUCUGUAAAUGCACCCAUUUAUGAGACGCAUUUUCACUGACAAAUAAGAUAUCCAUACAUAUUUUGAGCUCACGGUACAUACUUUGACUUUCUCUCGAGUUCUUCAAACAGAAAAUCUGGAUCUUGGCGAGGCUAUCGAACUAGCUGAUGCUGCAAAACAUAUUUUACUUAAAAGAAGAGGAAACGUUGGAUAAAAGUUGAGAAAAAUUUUCAUAUCUGCGAUGAAUACGACAUAGAAGUGCGGAAGCCAAGGCUCCGGCAUAACAGACUUCAGGCUCGAAUAUACAGACUGAU